CUCUGUAUCUCUCUCUCUUUCUCUCUCUCUCUCUCUCUCUUUCCCUCUCUCUCUCUGAUAGCCAGUAGCCAGGGACUAGUUCAGAGCCAAAGUAAUAAAAUGCUGACCUCACAAAGUGCUCACCAUCUCCGUGUGUCAGCAUAGUCAAGAAAGCCAGUGAUAGGGGGAGACGACAGAAGAGUAAGAAAAAUAAAUGUAAUGCUCUGGCACUACCUUGCAAAGGACAACAGCAACUGAUACUGGCUGAAGGUAGUGUCCCUCGCCCCCCGCCCAGGGGUUUGGGUGUGCCAUAGGAGCCCUGCCAGUCCACCCAAAUGUCCAAGAAGGAGGACCCCCGGGACAUUGAUGAGGAUGCCAUCCUCAAAAGCCUCAGCCCUGAGGAGCUUGAUCGGCUGGAGGAGGAGCUGCAGGAGAUGGAUCCCGAGAAUGCCAUGCUGCCUGCGGGGUUCCGCCAGCGCGACCAGACAAAGAAGAGCCCAACGGGGCCCUUGGAUCGGGAAGCCCUGAUGAAGCAUCUGAAGAAGCAGGCUCUGGAAUAUCAAGACCGGAAUGACCUGGUUCCCUUCACCGGGGAGAGGAAAGGCAAGGUAUUCAUGCCCAAGCCUGGUUCUGGUCACAUCCCCAUCCACGAGCAGAUUAGCCUGGAACCAGAGCUGGAGGAAGCGCUGAAGAACGCCACGGACGCUGAAAUGUGUGACAUCGCGGCCAUUUUAGGAAUGUAUACACUGAUGAGCAACAAGCAGUAUUAUGAUGCUUUAGGCUGCACUGGCACCAUUGCCAACACAGAGGGCAUCAACAGUGUCGUGAAGCCAGACCAAUAUAAAAUCUACCCAGAUGAGCCCGCCAACCCCACAAAUGUUGAGGAGACCCUUCAAAAGAUCCAGACAAACGACAGCAGUCUCACCCAGGUGAACCUCAACAACAUCAAGGACCUUCCCAUCCAAACACUGAAAGAAAUCUUCCAGGCCAUGAAGACUAACCUUAAUGUGAGGACACUGAGCAUUGCUGGAACUCGCAGCGGGGACCCUGUGGCUUUUGUUGUGGCUGAAAUGUUGCAGGCCAACAAGAGCCUGCAGAGUCUUAACAUUGAGUCUAACUUCAUCACCGGGGAUGGGAUGAAGGCUAUCAUCAGGGCCCUGGCUGUGAACACAACACUGACUGAAAUUAAGUUUGGCAAUCAGAGACAGCAGUUAGGAGACUCUGUGGAAAUGGAGAUUGCCAACAUGCUGGAAAACAACCCAGCCAUUGUGAGAAUUGGGUACCACUUCACCCAGCAGGGCCCCCGUGCCAGGGCUGCCAUGGCCAUCACCAGGAACACCGACAUCCUUCGCCAACAGAGAGUAAGAUGAAAGAAGCCCACAUAACUUUAAGAGGAGCUGAGCCCACUCUCUGGCCUUCUACUACAUUAUGGCUCCAAGACUGAAACCCAAAUGAACAUCAGCUUUGCUAGUGGAUUAUGAUGAACCCAAUUCCCCUUUGUGCCAAUUGAUGUACAUGGUCCAUUGUUAUCCUUCCCAGGCCAAAGAUUUCCAAUCAACAACAUACUGAUUCUGUAGGCUGUGGUUUUUCUGCUUGAGCCUCACCUCAAGGCCUCACAUGUACUUUGACUUGAUCUCAGGAGAAGGGAAAGCUUUGUGGUAGGUAGUGUGUGACUAACAAACAUUUUCAACAAAAUUCUACAAAAUGUCCCCACAUUUGUACUAAAUUUCAAAUAGCUGAUCAUAAACCAUUUUUCUGUAAAUAAUUUGAAUAAAUGCGUAAAUUCUUCAUG